UUUUUUUGCUCAGAUUAUGAUAUAGAAAAUUGUAAUACUGGCUUAUGGCUGUGAUAAGAAUUCCUAACAAGUUAUACUCCAAAGUCUUCAAAGGAUUUCAGUUCAAACCCCCAUGUUAAGAGUGGUGUAUAAGUAUCAUUUAAUGGCAAAUAAUAAAUUCCUGAUUGUUUGGUGUAAAGGCCAUAGACUGCAGCAAUGGCUAGUCUGGGCCUGAUAUCCAUUAGACAGCUAAGACUGAAUGGCCAUCAUCUGAGCUCAUUGCUGCAGCUGCCAAAUGUCAGGCCCUUGAGUACAACGGAACCCCUAAGCAAGUUUUGGGAGAGAGACAUCCGUGCUGAAUACAAGAAGGAUAGGCCAGUGCUGCCAGACAAGAAGCAAAUCAUCGAAGGUUUCACUGAACUAAAGAAAGAAGUACGCUUAUGGAAGGAUGAGGUGUGGGAUACUUUCACCAAGGAACCACUGUACCUUGUCAGGCCAGGCGAGGUUGACAUGGCUUUCCAGCUGACUAGCGAGGCGGCGCUGCGCGACUGGGUGGUCACCUCCGACCGAGACAAUGACGAGGGCAACAGCUGGGGCGAGCUGGUGCUCGGCAGGAACGGCAAGGCCGUGCUGCGCGGCACGCUCGACACGACGGUGCCUAGGGACGGCUCCAAACAGCGCACAGGCUACUGCAACAUGCGCUGCCUCCGACCGCAGAAGUCGUUUAAACGCGACAGUUUCUUCGACUGGUCCCAGUACACGCAUGUGGUGCUCCGAGUGCGCGGCGACGGGCGCUCCUACAUGCUCAAUCUGGCCGCCAUGGGGUACUUUGACAUCAUGUGGAACGACAUCUUCAGCUACCCGCUCUAUACCCGCGGCGGACCCUACUGGCAGGUGACCCGGAUCCCGUUCUCGAAGUUCUUCCUGACGAGCAAGGGUCGGAUCCAGGACAAGCAAUCUCCGCUAACACAGGACCGCAUUACGAGCGUGGGUAUUACGGCGGGUGGUGUGAGCGGACCCUUUCAGCUGGAGAUUGACUACAUCGGUCUGGAGAUGGAUCCGCGACACGGAGAGGACUUCGCGUAUGAGAUGUACCAGACGCCGGCGUACAUUGCGGGAGUGUAGCGGUGACUAGUGACAGACGCAGCUCGGAGCCGCAUAGACCGGCGACUAGUGGUGCUGUGGCGUUUGGAACGUUUUCAACGUGCUGUGAUAAACUAGUGUAUAAGAUGAGAAGGGUGUGGUCAGGUGGAAACGUGUGGCGUGAACACUGAACAUGGAUUGUUGUAUGUGCAGGAUGGUUGCAUUUGUUUUUAGAUCGCUGGAUUGCGAUCGUAGAUCACGUUAGUACUCAGGAGACCCAUAAUGCCUAGCUAUCAGAGCUAGGCUUAAGCUAUCAUAAUAUGCUUCCCCGUCUAGUUUUGGCUAUAAUCAUCAUCAUGUCAGAAAUACGUUUUCAAGGGUCUAGGGAGAUUAUUCCCGCUAAAUGUUUCGUUUUGCAGAGAUUUCAAUCACAAAUGAAUGGCGUUGAUUUCGCCUGCGCCAUUUAAGUAGUUACGUCGGUGCCAGUGCAUGGAUGCUGUCACCGCAUUGGUGCAAUAAAUACAGCUAUGUA